UGGCAGCUAGCCUGCGCAGCAAGUCUCCUUGCCGCCGCCACCGCUGCUAAAACGGUUCAGUGCAGGACUUUCUCCUCCAUCACUUCCUUCUACUGAGCAAUGUGUUGUGAGGCAGGAGGGUGUGAGGAGCGCCACUCUUCACUGCUUCACGCGGCUCGGGAGCCAUGGCGGAGGGGGUACUGAGGACGACCCAGCGGCCGGAGCACAGCGGGUCACCAGGAGCGGCUCAGCACACAAGGAAGGACCCACGUUCUCACCUGCAGCACAGCCUCUAGAACCGUUACUGACGGAAUACAAUGGUGACGUCUGCUAAACUUUUCCGCACAUCCCCAGCUUUGGUCACGCGCGGCCGCUUUAACUUUUCACCAACUGGCAGUUGUCGAUUCUCGAUGGUAUCGUAGCGACGCGGAGUUUGGUGUGCUUUUCUCUUCUUCCAGGACGUGUGUCCUGUAAAGCCAUCUGCCUCGGGCGGAAAUCUGGCGUACUGUCCCGCAGUGAGCUCGCACAGCGCCUCGUUAAUAUUUCAAAGCCGAAUCAGUAGAGGUUAACAUGGGGGCAAAGCAGAGCAGCCCCACUGCUAACCCAGCUGCUAACGGACGGACCAGAGCCUACUCCGGCUCGGACCUGCCCUCCAGCACGUCCGGCAGCAGCGCUGGCAGGACUGCCGCCCGGGGGGCGAGGUACCACGGUGCGUCCGGAGCCUCCGGACCCAGCACCAGCCAGCAGAUCGGAGCCAGGGCCAGGUCUGUUGGGGGCUCGAGUUUAAGACCCCACUCUGGCAUUAACAUUCCCAACAGCGGCGGGGGCUACAGCUCCCCGGAGUCCGGCGGCAGCAGCCCAGAGGAGGCGGCGGACAGGGAGCGCUCGGGCGGAGGGCAAGAAGUUCCCCGGCUGUUGAUUGGAUCAUUACCAGCACACCUUUCGCCUCAUCUGUUCGGAGGCUUCAAGUGCCCCGUGUGCUCCAAGUUUUUGGCCUCAGAUGAGAUGGAUCUUCACCUUGUGUUGUGUUUAACUAAACCCAGAGUGACAUACAAUGAGGAUGUCCUGCCUCGGGAUGCAGGAGAAUGUGCCAUCUGCCUGGAGGAGCUGCAACAGGGAGACACCAUCGCUCGCCUGCCCUGCCUCUGCAUCUACCAUAAAGGCUGUAUCGACGAGUGGUUUGAGGUGAACAGGUCCUGUCCUGAGCAUCCAUCGGAUUAAAGCUUUCAUUGCACAGGUACAUGAGAGGUCCCCAGAGGGAUCUGCAAAAAUGAAAUCCCUGGAUUCAGGGACUCUGCUGGACUCUAUGACCACUGUGAUCAGUUAACACCCUUCCUCCCACAACCCACCCACCCAAUAAUGUAGUACCACAGUGUGCCAAAUCUCAUUUAAGCAAUCUUCAGGGAUACAAACUUGUGUGUUUUAUGUUUAAGUUGCACAUCUACACUCAGCAUCAGAGUUGACAGACUCUUCCAUCUCGUAUCCUCUCCAGCCCUGACGGUCGGGGCAUGACGGCAGGCAGGGCUCUACUUCCUGAGAGGGGCGUGUCAGCAGUUUGUACACCAGUAUGGAGGAGGAGGAGGAGGAGGGAGACUGUUGGCUGACGCGCUCCGACUCGCUCCCUCCCCUCCUCCGUCAGCAUCAGUGUCUCCCAGUGCCUUGUUGUAGCGACGCUCGGCACGCAGCAGGCAGGACAGAGGGGAGUCCAGACUACGGCCGAGCCGGCUGUCCUCCACCCAACGCCCUACAACCCCCACCACCACCAGGACCAUCUUACCACAACUGCCAUUCUACCCGAGCAGGAGAAACAAGCCAGAGACGGGGUGUCUGCGUCUGCAGCUUCUCGCAGCUGACAGUGCUGCUGCAAAAACGGUGCCAAUCAACUGUGAAUACUGUCAAAGACUCAGUCAUCAGUGCUUUUUAGACCCCGCCCACACAGUGAAGGUCUUCAGGUACAGGAGCCCAGUCCAUCACUCACCAGCCUAAACCCACUGCAGCACAUUGCUGCUACUUCUCUAACACGAUAAGUGUUCUGUAUGCCAGAACAAUGGGACACACAACAGCAUGUGGAAAAAUGAGAUUAAAUUAAAAAUCCACCAUCCUGUUUUUUAACUGCUUAUCCGACUUCAGCCGCGUCCACACGGGGAGCAGUUAUUCCCCGUCUGAGUCUCUUCUUUCCCUCAAGUUAGCCCACUUUCCUGUCUGGAAAAGGCUACAGCCCGACUUUUGGAUAUGUGGUUAAGAAAAUGGAUGGAUGGAUAUUUUAACCCUCUGCUAGUAAAGCUGGAGCUUCACUUUAAGACUCAGCAUCACGUUCACCACCACAGACCAGACUCAUCUUCAUCAGGACCUGAAAUACUUUGUCCCCACCAGCAGAUGUCAGUCUGUAGUUUUCAAGCAAAGCACCAGGAUCUUGAUGUAUAACAUCCAGGCUGCCGUACACGUGGCUGCAAACGGCUCCAGUGCAUGCUGCAGAACCUGCAUGAACCUGCAGGAUUGCUUAUUCAACACCAGAACAGAAUAUGUCUCGACAUAAAUAAUAUCUCGUUCCAUCAUGGACGGGAUCUGGUAACGAGACAAUGUGGGAAAACCUUUCAAGACCUUCAGUUAAGUUUUUAGCUUUGUGUUCCUUCCUGUAAGAAUUAGCUUCAGUUUUUUUAUCACAUCUGUCAGCUCGUGUUAAUUUCUGCAUCUUAACCGUAGCAGCUGCAGGUAAACCGAGCCCCUCAGAGUACAGUGUUAUGUCUUUGUUGUUUGGGACACCAGACUGAGACAGUUUACUUGUGUGGAGCUGCAGGACUAUAAAGGUACCAGGAAAACACAGUGAGCUCUGUGAAGUUUUUUCAGGCACUGACCGUCACACUGGGAGUCAGCAACUUGAUCUCGAUCCUGGCAAAUGCAGCAGUCCAGGUGCUGAGGCUGAGGAAACUUAAACUAAACAGAACUGGAGGGACUAACUGGACCUGUCUGUUUGGGGUUAGGUGUGCCUGAAGACCUCACUGAGGAACCAGUGUGGACAGACUUUCAGUUUCAGAAAAACAAAACAAAAAAAGUCUUGAUACUGAUUUCACCAACAAGCUCACGUUCAGCCUUAGAGGACGAGCUAAGUUCAAACCCAUCUACUGAUCCAGGGCUUGUGUGGAUCCCAAAGCUCCAAAACAUCUGAAACCUGUCAUCCUUUUCCUGCGGUCUCUUUUGCCUGUGAAGACUAAAUCCACCCCUUCCUGAUUGCCCAGUCAGUCUGUGAGCGUUUGCUGGGGGUUGCAAAGAGGAUGCUACACCAAAAACCUCCUUCCAGUUGCUUUGGUUGCGAGCAGAUUGCCGUGGCCACCUUUAGAUGAUCGGUAAGUCGUUAGUGAAUGUCUGAAGACAAGUCAGCAACCUCCAUACAAACUGAGUGACCACAGCAGCAGCCUGUACCUCUCUGUGACCACUGACUACCACUCACCCACCAAUCAGAGAACACACGUUUUUCUCUCGCAACACCAGGCAGCCACUCAGUGACCUCCAGGCUUCUGUGACUAGAGUUUCUCAUCUUGUAAUUAUCAUCAUUAAAUGAACAAUAUGCAGUUGAUUAAGUGAUAUUUGGGAUUUUCUUUUUAUGCUUGAAAUCAUGCAGAAGCUGCAUCAUGUUAUGGAAACAGUGGCUACAAACCAGAGGUUUUUUUAAGAUUUGUCAUUUUGGUAAUUGAACUUAUUUACAUAGUAAAGUGUUUGAAAUCAAACAUUAAUAUAUUGUUUUAAAUAGGAGAAUAAUGGGAGACAGAAACAUGUCUGUGUUUAGAUGUGUGCCUUCUACUUUGUAGAGACAUGAUCCUUUUUCUUGUUUUGCAGUUUCUGUAGUUACUGCUCUCCACCACUGGGAGGCAGUGCGCUCUCACUUAUGAUCUUGAUGUGCUUGACGUUAUUUUUGAGAUUUUUAUCAUGAAAGCAGGACAUGAAAGGUUCCUGUGUAGUUUCAGUGAUCUUAGGGACUGUGAGAAAAUGAUUGUGGUGCAGAGGGAGGAAAAAUGGUUUUAAUAGAAUAACCACGGUUAACGUUUUAUUAUUGGUUUCCUACACAUUCCUCAAACGCCGACUGAGUUUAGGUGUGCUAAGUCAACAUUCAUUUUGUGUUUAUAUAAAUAUGUAAAAAGAAUCACAGGCAGCAGUUUGUUUGGUUUUUGUAUCUCCCAAAAAUGAUUUAAUGGCUGAAAAGAUUUUAUAAUGAUGUUUUUUAUGAUCAUGCUAACUUUGCUUUUUAUUGUGACUCUUGCUGCGUUCACCGUGUCUUCCAUGACAUGUAAUGUGUGUGUGUUUGGGGGGGGGGGGGACGUUUUUUAAGAUGAAACACUGGACUCUGUGAAAUGUAAACUUUUUACAUCAUUAAAAGUUUUCAUGAGCAAAUGACAGAAGUGCAGAACACGCCGGCCCCUGUGGCCCCUCCUCUCACUAACCAUUUUCACACAGUCCCUUACUGAACACACACACUGAGUGUUUCCAUCUCUCGUGAGUCAGCUGGGAGUCCUGCUGAUAUACGAGCUGCUUUACUGUCGUUGUUGAAUGUAUUGAAGCUAGUGUGCUUCUCUGGUGGGCGUUGGUGUCACUAGAAUGCAAACGGAUCAAAAUUUGGAGUUUUGGGAUCCACCCCGGCACACUCAUGACUACUGAAUCAUCACACUGUAUUCUGGAAAUCAGACGGCCACACAGAGAUUAACCGAGCCCGGUGACGCGCUCCCUUCGCACAGUGCGUGGAGGCAGGAUCGGUGCGUUCGUAGCGACAGAGCGACCACGUGGCUGCUUGAUGGACAUCUCACAGGGCUUUGACUGUACCGUCAUCUCUCACUCUGAUCUGAAUUCUGCGAGAGAUUACAACCACUUCUCCCUAACUGAUCAUGCAGCUGAUUCCUGUGAGCAGGUCCGACUGUCUUUUCAUUUCUGUCUGUGAAUUUAUGAGGAAAUGUGCAACAGAUCUGGCCUUAAAAGAUGACUCUGACAUUUCA